UUUAAUUUUUUCUUUUUCCCUCUUUACAGUCAAGAUGGUGUUAUGCCCAUGAUACCAUUAGGUUUAAAAGAAACAAAAGAAAUUGAUUUUAUGGAACCGUUUUCCGAUUUUAUACUAGAACAUUAUAGUGAAGAACCAUCAAUGUAUACAGAUGCUAUAGCCGAUAUAACAGAUACAAGACAGGCCUCUAAAACACCCAGUCGCGAUAGUCAGGGUGUGGCUUUACUCUUUCGCUACUACAAUUUAUUGUAUUAUGUUGAAAGACGUUUCUUUCCACCAGAUCGAAAUUUAGGUGUCUAUUUUGAGUGGUAUGAUUCGUUAACCGGCGUCCCCUCUUGCCAACGCACAAUUGCCUUUGAAAAGGCCUGUACUCUUUUCAAUUUGGGUGCCAUUUAUACACAAAUCGGUGCCCGUCAUGAUCGUACUACAGAAAAAGGUCUCGAUGCCGCUGUCGAUAGUUUUCUACGUGCUGCCGGUAUAUUCCGUCACAUUUAUGAUACCUUUACAAAUGCCCCCUCGAUGGAUUUGAAACCACAGGUUUUGGAUGUUUUGGUAUCGUGUAUGUUGUCGCAGGCACGUGAGUGUCUGUUCGAAAAGUUACAGUUACAAAUCGAGUCAUUGGGUUUAACGGAAUCGAGUCAUCUUUUCAAAGAUUUAGCUGGCGAAGCAGCACAACUAACACAAGAGUACAAUGAAAUGCACAAAAAUAUACAAUUAAAUGAUACCCAUACAUAUUUGCCCGAAUGUUGGGCUGGUCUAGUGCCACUCAAAGCGGAAUAUUAUAAAGCUCUGGCUCAUCAUUAUGAAGCUCGUAGCAUAGAUGCCAACGAUGACAAAGCUUCCUUGAGUACCAAAAAAAGUCAAGCCACCUCAAAUGAAUCGUUUAUUGGAAAUGCGCGGGAGGCAAUGCGCUGUGCCGCCGAUGACAGCGAUGAAGAGUGCACAAGUUUGGCGGCUUUAAAACGGGCACAUUUAAAAGAAGCAAUGGCUAGUCAUGAAGAAACCCAACGUCUGCAGCGCAUGUGUCGUUAUUUAAAGAAUAAAAUGUCUCUAACACAAGUCGUUAAGGAAGCCCAGUAUAAGACACAAGAUGAAUUGGAAAAGUUAUAUGAAGAAAUGCCCGAAAAUGAAAUCGAUGAGGUGUUCGAUAUCAAUCAAGUAGAAGCCUGCUCUAAAUUCACUUUGACGUUAACUGGUCCCGAUUUUACUUCGUACAAAAUAGAAGAUCCCUUUAAACGUUUGGGUCCCAUUGCCAUUUUCUCUGCCCGGCGUCAUUGGACCGCACCACGUUGUGUACGCCUUCAAAAGGGUUCGUCGAUUUAUCAUGAUGGUACCCACUAUCAUUGUCAUUGUCCAUCGCCUUCCGAGGGUCAUGAGGUGGGCUGCAGUUUAUAUAAAGAGGAAUUGGAAAGUUUUGGUUUUCAUGUUCAAGGUGAUUCACCAGUUAUGAUUGCUCACGUUGAGAUUAAUUCUCUGGCUGAUAUGGGCGGAAUUAAGGAGGGUGAUUUUAUUGUCGAAAUUGCUGGUAUCGAUGUUAAAUGGUAUCUGCAUCAACAGGUGGUGCGUUUAAUACAAUCUUGUGGUUCAACACUGGAACUGAAAGUCAUUACGCCCAUGGAUAGGAAUUAUUUAAAACCUUUAUCAUCAAAGGGUUCGAUUUCCACAUUAUCUGCUGCUAGUUCUUCGGGUGUUUCAUCGGGUUCAUCCAGUCCUACUGGCACCACUACGAAACCCAAAAUACGCUGUAAGUCUACAUCAAAAACACGUGUUGGUAGUGUUUCAUCAUCAUCUUGGAAUCCAUUUCGACGUACACCCAGUUUAGCUAAGAUAUUUUAAGAAAACGUUUAACAGAAAACACAGAAUUCGAACAAAAAAAAAAACUUGAAAAACAAAAUCAGUGGCCAUUUAACAAAAAAUAAUAUUAUAAACAAAAACAAAAAAAAGCAAUUUAUGUUUAAUAAACUAUUUAAAAUCUUUUAUUUUUAGUUUAUUUUUAUAAUAUAACGAUUUAAGUUUAUCACACAAAUUUUAUACGACCUUAUUUUUAAAUGUAAAUAAUUUUUAAAUUAACCUG